GGCAAUUUCGUCCAUAUAAAAUUACAACAGCAUCGUAAAUUGUACCAACUUCCAAUGAGAACAAGUUGAAAAAGAAAGAAAUCUCAGUUAUUAAACAAACAAUAAAAUAAAACCCCAUUUUCAAUUUCAAAUCUGAAACGGUCACACAACCACAUUUAUCAUCAACAACACUAUAUAUACAACUCAGCUCCAUACUAUUAUUCUCUGAUCCAAACAUGGCCCAACAACCCUAUCAAAGUAUCAGUCUUCUUCUUCUCUUCUCCAUUUUCCUCCAAUCUUCUGUUUCAGCCAUCAGACCAGGCUUCCUCUACACCAGAACCACUCCAAGAUGCACUCCCAAGUAUUGGGGUAGUAGGAGAGAGGCCUGGCCCAAGAUGGUGCCCCAAACAUCCACGGUGUCUAAGGUAUUUGGCUCAAGAGCUCGUGAACGGUUCAGAUCUGAUCUGACUUUAAUUGAAGCAACGGUCAGGAAUGACCGUGGUGAUUCUUACCGUGGGCUGCUGAAGCAGGCGACCGCUGCUCUACUCAAUUCUUACUCAAGGAAAGGGUUUCCGUACACUUCUUGGGCCGUGAAGACUCUUCUUAUUAAAGCUUUGGUUUCUGAUGAUGCUGCGGCCCUUCAGGCCCAACAUUUUUAUAUUGCUAAUGAAGCUUGCAAUUAAUGGGCCUAAUCUCUGGCCCAAUAGAAAUAUAUAUAUGACUUAUUAUUAGUCUUACUCUGUAGUUUCGUACAUAUCGUGCGUUUGUUUAAAUUUUUAAUGAUGAUCUUUUGUGAAA